AUGUUUAGAGCAAGACUUUUGAAUUCCAGUGUAAGGAGGUUUUCUCCUUUAGGUUUCCGUAGGUGGAACUCUAACAACGAGUUGAAGAACAAGUAUAUGGAAAAGUUACAAAUCAAAGCUAAAAAGUUGGGUUUCGAAACUGUUGAAGAAUUGAAUCAAAGCUUAAAAGAUGAAAUAGAACAAAAGAAGAAACAACUCAAUGUGAUUGAUCCUCUAAAAGAAUUAGAAGAAAAGGCAGCCCAGACCAUGGAGAAGAGUAGAAAAGAUCAUGAAAUUAAAAUUAGAUCUCCUAUAGACAAAGACGAACCUAUUUUACCUUAUAAGACUUUAGAUUCUUUCUUAGAAGUUGAAAAAGUUAAAGACUUGAACGCUAAAGAGAUUGAAUACAUAUGGAGGGCUAGAUUCCAAAAUAAAGAAGGAAGUCUCGUUGCUACUUUAGAUGCUUUGAAGUUCUCCAAAAUGUAUGCCUUAGCUUUCAAGAACAGAACGUUCAUUUUACCUUUACCUAAAGAAACUGGUGGAUAUGAGAUGCAUUUUGUUCAAUGGUCUUUCAUAGGUCCUUACACCACCCACUGUAUGCUUACAACUGUGGCCGAGUACAAAUUGCAUAAAGAAUAUGCCAAACCUCAUACUACACUUAUGUUCCAUCAAGAAUUAGUAGAGGAUAAGUCAUUGGUUCUUAUGAACGGUCAAGUAGAAAAAGAAUCCAGUAUGAGUUUGGACGAAGCUCAUUUAUUGGUUCUUAACAUCCAAAGAUUCUAUGGAGCUAUGGAUCAAACAUCUGAAGCUAAAUUACAACUUUUAAAGAAUUUUAACAGUGGUAACGAAGAAUUCGAUAUGGAUAAAUUGAUAGAGGAAGCUACUUCUUUCGAUUAA